AUGCAGCCCUUCAGCAUUCCCGUUCAAAUCACGCUGCAGGGCAGCCGGAGGCGCCAGGGGAGGACAGCCUUUCCUACCUCAGGGAAGAAGAGAGAUACAGACUGCAACGAUGGAGAGCUGGCAGAUGUGCACAAGAAGCUGCCGUCCAGCGCUGGAGAGGACCGAGCCAUGCUGCUAGGGUUCGCAAUGAUGGGCUUUUCAGUCCUAAUGUUCUUCUUGCUUGGAACAACCAUCCUAAAGCCUUUCAUGCUCAGCACUUGGAGAGAAGAAUCGAACUGCACGACCAUCCACACACACAUCAUGGAGGACUGGCUGGACUGCGCUUUCCCCUGUGGUGUGGAUUGCCGCGGUCAGGGGACGUUCCCGUGUCUUCAGGUGUUUGUGAACCUCGCCCACUCAGGGCAGAGAGCUCUCCUACAUUACAAUGAAGAGGCUGUCCAGAUAAACCCCAAGUGCUUUUACACACCUAAGUGUCACCGAAAUAGGAAUGAUUUGCUCAACAGUGCUCUGGACAUAAAGGAAUUCUUCGAUCACAAAAAUGGAACCCCCUUUUCAUGCUUCUACAGUCCAGACAGCCAAUCUGAAGAUGUCAUUCUUGUAAAAAAGUAUGACCAAAUGGUUAUCUUCCACUGUUUAUUUUGGCCUUCAUUGACUCUGCUAGGUGGUGCCUUGAUUGUUGGCAUGGUAAGAUUAACACAGCACCUGUCUUUACUGUGUGAAAAAUAUAGCACUGCAGUCAGAGAUGAGGUAGGUGGCAAAGUACCCUAUAGGAAACACCAUCGAUUCAAACUGUGAAGUGCCAGGAGGAGCAAAGGAAGGAGCAGAGAAAUCAUAAGAUGGUGGCCAAAUUAAAGUCCUGGCCUUCAAAUACCUGGGGUUUCUGCAGUUGAAGACCUAACUAUGCCUGCUUGUAAACUAAUCAUGUAAAGGGUAAUUAAAAUUAAGUAUCGUGUGGGAAAAAUAUUUUAAAAACUCUUAUUAAUAUAUAAUUAAAACCCUUGUUAAUUAUAAUAUAUAUUUUAUUUAUUCUAUAAAUACAUACAAAUCCACCAACUUUUAUACUCCAAAUCUCUUUCCGCAUGAGCCAAAGAAGCACUUUUUGUUCCCACAUGGCAAAAUGAGAUCAAGGUAUUCUUUAUCUAAUUUUAGCUCUAGCUAGAAUCUGUCAAUACGGAAAUAAACAAUGAGAGUAUCUAACCUAUUGAACAUUGAAGCAUCAGCCUAAUUCUGUGCAAUAUAGUUCAUAUUAAAACAUUUCUCAUAAAAAAAGUCAUAGUGAAGAACAGUUCAUUCACUGAAGGAAGGCAAGAGUCUGGUAGAAAAUUUAAGAAAACAUGGACUGAUCACUGAUCAUGAUAAAGGUGGAAAGCUGCUGCCUAGAAAAUUCAUUAAGUUUAGAGUUAUUUGUAUUUAACCUUGCCAUGUACCAUAUAAUUUUCCUAGUUAAUUAUACAUAUAUAAGCUCAUUUUACUCUUAGUGCACAUUCUGGUAGGAAUGGGAGAAAUGGCCAGAAAUGUGAAGGAAAAAUGGACUGGAUUUCAAUAUUCAUAUCAGAUAAUCCACACCACAGAAAAGUCCCACGUGAGUAGUCAACAAUUGUCCAUACUUUAAUUAAUGAAUCAACCACGGUUAUUAAGUAAUAAUGUCACAAGACUCUUUCAACAAGUGCUUUCCAGGUUAAAUAAGCUGAAUUUGAGUGAAAACAGUUUGUUCUGAUUUUUCAAUGUGUCUUCAAGUGUCUUUAAAAUUUUACUAAAAAAUCUAAAAUUAUGGACAAUAGAGACUUUUGAAGCUACUUUCAUAUGUAGAUGUAAUCAAACCAAAAACUAUGAUUCUAAGUUAAAUACCUUUUAGCAAUUAAUUUCAAGUUAUAAGGUACCAAAUAAGCUGCAUAAUUAGAACAGAACAAUAUUGACUUGACUAGUAAUGAAUAAUCUUUCCCCUUUCUUGUGUGGAAUGGAGGAGAAAACAUGUGUCUCAGAGUAGGAUUUAUUAACUUUGUAGGCCAUAAUUACAACUUUGGUAUAUAUCCUUGGGCCAAUCAGCUAAACUGAGCCUCUCAUUCUCAUCUAUAAAAUAGAUAUAACCUCUACUUUCAUGGGGUUAUUUUAAGGAAUAAACAAGGUAGAGUUAAGUGAAACACCCUGCUUAGUUCGUAGCAUCUAGUAGAGGUGCUCAAAAAUGUUAGUGCAUAGAUCAAAAAAAAAAAAAUCUUGUGUUAAGUUGCAAUAUUCAGUCAGCAUUGGUACUGUUUAUUGGACAGCUGGUAUCUAUAUACCUCUAGGCUAAGGGUAGGAGCUGCAAGAGCUGAUUCCCCCUGCUUCUACCUCUGGUCUCUUGGCUAAAUGUGAUAUUGCAUUUAAGA